CUAAAGCGAGCACUUGUUUCUCAAAAACUCCUUACUACGUACUAUACAUUUAAUCUGUUUGCAUUGUGGUAGUAAAAUAUACGUGAAUUGUGUUGUGAAAACUCGUAAUCAUUCACAUGCACCGGUUUUAUCGAGUGCACCUCGCUAUCUCCUCAUUACUACGGCUAAAUGAAAGAUUAACCCCUUGAUCUGUAAUAUCGUGUCAGACUCGCGACGAGAAUUCUUAACUGACUUUGAAAAAUCUAAGUGUCGUUUAUUCUGUUUAAAUAUACAUUAAACAUUGCUUUUCUAUUAUUAAUCGUUAACCUUCUGAGUAAAGGUAGACGUAAAAUAAGCAUCACAAUUAUUUCUUUUCCUAAUAAAUGAUUAACGAUAAUUCUAUCGAUCAUAGUUCAGAAAUAAAUCACAGGGCAAGGGGUCAAACCAACGAAACAGUGCUAAAAAGUGAAACCGUGAUUGGGUUGAAAAAGACAGUGCUUAGCAGGGUUCAAGGCUGAACUCGAAAAAAUGGACUCGAGAAACGCGACAGUUUCGCGGGGAGUCGAUGUGCACGCGUCGACGAUUCGAAGCGUUAUCAAAAUGGGCGCGCGCAUGGAUCUCGCGCUAGGAAAUAAAGAUACGGAAUACGCGGAAUGCGUCCGAGUUCGAUAACGAGACGAUUCGGGCUUCGAUAACGCGACGAUCGUUAGAAAGAGGACGAGUGGGACCAGACUAUUCGCGCUCGGCCGUGAACACCUGACCGAAUCAGGCUGCGCCGAUGUUUAUCGGAACGCGUUCUCUUUUCCACCAGUUAAUCGUGGAAUUUAGAUUUAAAAAUCUUCCGUGGGAUGUGUGAUAAAAUCAACUAAUGACGAGCAUGCACGUUGAACGCAGGACGAAUGCAACUAAUAUACACGAUAAAUAAAACUUGGCCGGCUUCGGUUCAGUCGCGGUCACAACGUCCGUCGAGGAUUCGUCUCGGUGGCUGACGGGAGAGCAACAUGGCUACCCUGGUGGCGGCGGAUUACGCAGUGAUCGUGGUCACGUUGAUGAUCAGCUCGGGGAUCGGCGUGUAUUACUGGCUGACCGGUGGCAGACAGAAAUCGACCGAUGAGUAUUAUUUGGCAGACAGAUCGAUGCGAGUCGCGCCGGUCGCGAUAGGGUUGACGGUCUCGUACCUGUCCGCGGUCAGCGUGUUGGGGGUGUCAUCGGAGAAUUACGCUUACGGCACCCAAUAUGCCAUAAUCAACCUCGCUUAUGGAUUGGCCACGCCGUUCGUAGCUUACUUAUACGUGCCGAUAUUCUUCAAGCUUGGAACGACCAGCACUUUCGAAUACCUGCAAAAACGUUUCGGAACGGCCGCCAGGCUGGCGGCCAGCAUCGCAUUUCAGCUGCAGCUCCUCAUGUACAGCGGCGUGGUGCUGUACGCGCCGGCGCUGGCCCUGGAAGCCACCACAGGUAUCUCGACGACCGCGAGCGUAAUCGGCAUAGGAUUGGUCUGCACGUUUUAUUCGACGAUCGGCGGCAUCAAGGCGGUCCUCAUUACGGACGUAUUUCAGAGCCUGCUGAUGCUGGCCUCCGUUAUCUUGAAACACCAAGUGCGUCUCAUUUCAAUGGACCCAACGGUACGACACACCUGGUGGAGCUUGACAUUUGGCGGUUUCUUCACCUACCUCUCCUUGUACGGCGCCAACCAAGUUCAAGUUCAGAGAAUGUUAACCAUCGGGAACGUGGCCGGCGCUCAGGCCGCGCUCUGGUGGAGUUGGCCGCUGACUUCGGUGAUGUCCCUGGGCCUCUGCCUCUCCGGGCUGGCGAUCUACACGAAAUACCGCGACUGUGACCCGUUAACGAUCGGAAGGAUCAACUCGAACGAUCAAUUAAUGCCGCUUUACGUGAUGGACAUGCUCUCUGGAUAUCCGGGGAUACCCGGCCUGUUCAUAGCCGGUAUUUUCAGCGCCGGGCUGAGCACUAUCUCCGCCACGGUGAAUUCCCUGGCCGCCGUUAUACUCGAAGAUUUUAUCAAACCCCUUUACCGUAUAAGCGGCAAGGAGAUAACCGCGACCGGAUCGAUCAUCGUCAGCAAGCUCCUGGCCCUCGUGGUCGGCGUGGCCUGCAUAGCGCUGGCGUUUAUGGGACGUUACCUUGGCGGGCUCCUUCAAGCGGCGCUGACGAUCUUCGGUGUCGUUGGCGGGCCAGUGUUCGGCCUGUUCACUCUCGGCAUGUUUACGGAGUUGGGCAAUCAAAAGGGGGCCGUGAUUGGUCUGCUGACCAGUCUCAUUUUCUCCCUGUGGAUGGGAUUCGGUCAACCGAAACCACCGAUUCCGAAAUUGGACGUGUCCGUGUCGGGAUGCAACGCUACUGGGUAUUACGAUUACAUGGAACCGCUCGACUCGCGUUUCGACCACCGGGAAACUGACGACUCGUACUUCUACCUCUAUCGCAUCUCCUACAUGUGGUACUGCCCGAUCGGAUCCGUGAUCAGCUUCGCAGUAGGACUGUUCGUCAGCUGGAUCUCGAAUUUGAUCGCCAGAGGAGAGUCCAAAGAACUUGAUCCCGACCUGUUCAACCCAAUCAAAGCGGCGAGAGUACGCGCACGGCGGCUAAAGAGCGCAAACAAUGUUCAGAGCAACGUCACAUUAGAUAGCAUCCAGUGACGCGCUAGAAAUCCUUUGAACAAGACUUCUAGAGGUUGAAUGAUCGAUAACUACGGGCUCUUACGCAUUUACAGUGGAUUCGUAAAUCGACUGCAAUUCGAUAGAAUAAACAU